GAAGCCACCGCUCCUCUUCCUUAAGGCACAGCGAGGGAAGACGCAGAGGACGUAAAACGAAACCUCGCGUGUGUGUGAGAGUGUGUGUGUGUGGCUGCAAAAGAAAGAUGAUUAAUUAGUAAAACAGAAGCUGGUUGUAACAGGACGCCGCAGCUGAUCCGGGUCUCAGAGGACACCGGCGCAUGUGGAGGUUGUGGGUUUUUUUUUUUUUUUGUUGGAGAAGCUCAGUUUUAACAGGCCGCAGCGUCACGGGGCGGCUCGUGCGCACUGGAAACCCGGUAUUCAAUUGGUGGAAGCAGGAGGGGAGCCCCGGCCCUUUUCCACUGCAGGAGGAGGAGAGCACAGUGAGGAAACAGACAGAGGAGACAGCAUGAGCCUGCGCAGUUUUUACGGCAUGAGGGACUUGAUCCAAACUGCGCACUGACUCUGCAGGAUGCACCGCUGCAGCUGCGUAGUUUGUUAGACUCCGACGUGCACCAGCUGGUUCCGGACUACAGGAAUUAGGCCCCCCAAACCGGGCUCGGACUACAGCUGCGACAUUUCCAUUGAGAGUUUUUAUCACCUCCCGCGAGCUGUGGUCUUGCAGCGAGCCAUGGGAAAUGUAAACACUUAGUCGGGCUGGAUUUUAAAGUACGCACACGUCCCACGUCCCACCUCCUCCUCCUGGGAAGUCCGAGAUGGAGAUGGGGAUGGAGACGGAGAGGGUCGAGUUUGAGCUGCAGGCAGACCCGGAGCCACCCAUGCACAGCGUCCACGGGACCAACCGCAUCCGGCCGUCCUCGUACCGGGCCCUGAGGAGCGCCGUGUCCAGCCUGGCCCGGUUGGAUGACUUCAGCUGCGAGAAGAUCGGAGCCGGGUUCUUCUCUGAGGUGUUUAAGGUGCAGCAUCGUGUGACGGGUCAGGUGAUGGCUCUGAAGAUGAACAUCCUGGCCAGUAACAGAGCCAACAUGCUGAAAGAGGUCCAGCUCAUGAACCGACUGUCACAUCCAAACAUACUCAGGUUUAUAGGAGUGUGUGUCCAUGAGGGGCAGCUUCACGCUCUCACAGAGUACAUCAACGGCGGGAACCUGGAGCAGCUGUUGGGCAGUGACAUGUAUCUGUCGUGGAGCGUUCGGCUCAGUCUCGCUCUGGACAUCGCCCGAGGUCUGCAGUACCUGCACAGCAAGGGCAUCUUCCACAGGGACCUCACCUCCAAGAACUGCCUGGUGCGCUGGGAGGGCUGCGUGUGCUCGGGCGUGGUGGGAGACUUCGGCCUGGCUGAGAAAAUCCCAGAUUACAGUGAGGAAGAGGAUCAGGAACCUCUGGCUGUGGUCGGCUCCCCCUACUGGAUGGCCCCGGAGGUGCUGAGAGGAGAGCUUUAUAAUGAGAAGGUGGACGUGUUUGCAUACGGGAUCAUCCUGUGUGAGACUAUAGCGAGGAUACAGGCUGACCCCGACAUCCUGCCACGCACUGAGGACUUUGGUCUGGAUGUGGAGGCCUUUCAGCAGAUGGUGGGCGACUGUCCGUCAGACUUCCUGGAACUUGCCGUCUCCUGCUGUAAUAUGAGUGCGAAGCUCCGUCCAUCCUUCUCCCAAAUCGUGUUAGAGCUGGAGAGGAGGCAGGCUGACAGGAAACAGAAGGAUGAGCCAUCAGUCAAAGCUGUUUGUCCUGCUAUUGGACCCCUACGACGGCGAUCCCUUGGCCUCCCGUCUGACCCUCGCCUCUCCCGCAGCAAAUCCGACAUGCUCCACCCCCAAGACACGCCCCCCUCUGUUAAAAUGGCAACCCCGGCCCGGGUCAACCCCUUCUCUCUGAGGGAGGACCUUAAAGGCGGCAAGAUCAAGCUGUUCGACACGCCCAGCAAGUCGGUCAUCUCCCUCACCUUCACCCUGCCGCCUCCGCCGGACUGCGACGACCCCGCUGCGUCGGAGACCGAGGGUGUGGAACAACCGAGGAGGCACAGGCGCUGCCACUCACUCCCCUGCACGCCUCCUCCGUACCUCACGUCGGCGCCGAACACCGUCCUCAUGGAGGAGGAGUCCCAGUCCGAGAUGGAUUCGGUAGAUGUUGAAACGAAUGGAGUCAGUGAAGAUGAGAGACUGUUGGAAGAAGAGAAGGAGAUUUUGGACGGGAGUGGAACUAAUCUUGGGGGUGACUCGGGUCUUCCUCUCUCACUGAACCAAGAGGAGGAGGAGGAGGAGGAGGAGGAGGAAGAGGAAGAAGAGGAGGAGGAGGAGGAGGAGGAGGAGGAGGAGCCAAUGGACUGCACCAGCUCCCCAGAAGCACAAGACAGCACUUCAUCUCCUUGCUCCAAACUUUCCCCCCCUCCUUCCCAUUCUUCGACUCCUAAUCAACCCACCGAGCCGCCAUUCUCGAACGGGUGGGGCUCUGCUAUUUCAAACGGGCCCCCGUGCCUGCCCCCCCUCUCCAACUUGGUUAACAACAAUGUGGUUGUGAGUCGACCUUUGGGAUGGAGCGCCGGCAACACAACGAGCAGUCCAACCUCGACCAACAACAACGGUUACCACUCCCCUGCCAGUGACCCGGCCGGCUUGUCCCCGUUCGGCUCCGGCAGCGGACACUCUCUGGACCAGGAGGAGGUCAUAUCGUGUCCCGGGUGCUGCCUCGCCGGACUUCGUUUCCCUUCGAUGUGUCUCAGAGCCCCGCCGCGCAGAAAUCCCUACAAGAACUUGAACGGGGACCACGCGGCCUCACGUGGGCUGCUUGGUCCGGGACCCAAAGGACUUCCCCCUUCCCCUACACCCACUACAACCACCACCAGCCUGGAGCCGGGACUCGCUUUGCCAGGGGCGCAAACAUAAACUGUAAAGUGUGGAAGCUCUGCAUCAAAAGCUCCUUCAUGGAAAUUAAGUGGGCCUCCUUAUAAUUUGCACAGAUUUUAACGCAGCAAUACCCUGCUUAUUUUCUCGACAAGGUUUUUUGGUGCAGGUGAGGCUCUAGGUUUCAAGAUCUGGAGCCUGAACACACUCUCCAGGUUGAAAACUGUGGGACAAGAAACUGGUAUCACGUUGCACUUCGCCCUCUGCUGGGCUGAGGGUGGAAAAAACUCCAGAUAUCAGCAGAGCCUGCGUUGAUCCGACUGAUUGGCAGCAUCCAGAACUGUACGGCAUGUGAACACUCCAGUUUGGGGCCCCAGUUAGUUUUGUGUGUGUAUAUUUGCAGAUGUAAAGAUUCUUAUGACUGAUGAUAUCGAUGAUCAUGAUGCUGAAAAGAGGAAUGUUGAGCUUAGUAUUAUAACUGCUGCGAUUACUUUUCAUGUUUUGGUGCUGUUUUUGAAUGAGCAGGCAGUUUGGCUUUAAUGUAUUUGAUUAUCAAGAGGUGUAUGGUGCACUGCUGGGAUGUGUGUGUGUGUGUGUGUGCGCGUGUGUGUGUGUGUGUAAGAGAGAGUAACAGUAUGUGUGCAGUACACCGUUCUUUUGUGGCUGUAUGAUCUCUAUUGGCCUGUUUAAGCACUUCAGCGUUAUUACUGUUGUUAAUAAGGAAAAUAUAAUAUUGAUGUCAUAAUUACUUUUGUGAAUGAAUGGUCAAAGACCUGCUUAAGAGAUGUACAGAUUCUUAUUAUUUAAAGAUGACAUUGAAUAAAAAGACAGAAUGAAGUGA